AGCUCUUACUUUAGGAUUGGUUAUCCUUUGCAGAAGGUGGGAUUCAGGAGGCAUCCUCCUCUUCAUCACACCAGGACUGCCGGGCAGAAAAUAACUCCAUCCCUUCCCUAAAUUAGUUGUGCUUCUUUUUUAAUUUUUUUUUUUUUCUUUUCUCUGGUCGUGGUGGUACCCAAGUUUGGGGUUUUUUUAGGAUCUCCUUUCUCCCUCUUUAUUUGGAUUUUAAAUUUCACAUGGACCCUUAUCUGGGCAUCUUCUUCCUCACUCCCUUCUUCCAGUCCUGCUAUGCCUGGUCAGUGAAUAAUUUCCUGAUGACGGGCCCCAAGGCCUAUCUCAUCUACUCCAGCAGUGUGGCGGCCGGGGCGCAGAGCGGCAUCGAGGAGUGCAAGUUCCAGUUCGCCUGGGACCGCUGGAACUGCCCAGAGAGGGCACUGCAGCUCUCCAGCCACAGCGGGCUGCGCAGUGCAAACCGAGAAACAGCCUUUGUCCACGCCAUCAGCUCUGCGGGUGUCAUGUACACGCUGACCCGGAACUGCAGCCUGGGGGAUUUUGACAACUGUGGCUGUGAUGACUCCCGCAAUGGACAGCUGGGGGGACAAGGCUGGCUGUGGGGAGGCUGCAGCGAUAAUGUGGGCUUUGGGGAAGCUAUUUCCAAGCAGUUUGUGGAUGCCCUGGAGACUGGACAAGAUGCCAGAGCUGCUAUGAACCUGCAUAACAACGAGGCAGGUAGAAAGGCAGUGAAAGGGACCAUGAAGCGGACUUGCAAAUGCCAUGGUGUGUCAGGGAGCUGCACCACCCAGACGUGCUGGCUGCAGUUGCCCGAGUUUCGGGAGGUGGGCACUUACCUCAAGGAGAGGUACCACAAAGCCCUGAAGGUGGACUUGCUGCAGGGAGCAGGGAACAGCGCUGCCAGCCGGGGUGCCAUCGCUGAGACCUUCAGUUCCAUCUCCAAGAAGGAACUGGUCCAUUUGGAAGACUCUCCUGACUACUGCCUGGAGAACAAGACGCUGGGGCUGCUGGGCACGGAGGGCAGGGAGUGCCUGAAGAGGGGCAAGGCGCUCAGCAAGUGGGAGAAGCGGAGCUGCCGGCGGCUGUGCGGGGACUGCGGGCUGGCGGUGGAGGAGAGGCGAGCCGAGAUGGUGUCCAGCUGCAACUGCAAGUUCCACUGGUGCUGCGCGGUGCGCUGCGAGCAGUGCCGCAAACGGGUCACCAAGUACUUCUGUGUCCGCAAGGAGAAGCGCGAGCGGAGCGGGGGUGGCGGAGCCAGCCGCAAGCUCAAGAGAAAGCUCUAACUUGCUUCUGCUCCUCCACAGUCCUGCCCGCCCCUCUCCUCUCCUGCCCUUCCCAUCAGCUCCUGGCACCAUUUCUGUUUGGCAUAGUUUUGUCUCAUUCCCACUGCUGCCUCAAUGGGGCUUGGGCAAGGCAAAAGAGUUUUGUACGAGUGCUCAGGCCUUGCCCAUACAGGGCAUUAGUGCAGUGAGCGAUGUCUUCUGGGGAGACUUUCAAGUGUUCCCAAAACAAGGUGAGACUCGGUCCCUUCAACUCAGUGUCACUCUAUCCAGUGACUAUGGCAUUAUCUCUGAAAGCACAGGACGUCUUGGUGGCUCCUGUGGUUUUGAGCUGGUCUGUUCCCCAAACAACACCUGCUCUAGGCUUUUGAGUAAGUGAGAUAAACAGAAUAAGGAAACUGAGAUGGCACCAACAAUUGGGCAACUCAGAUCAGUAAUCUGUAAAUGAGAGGAGGCUUUUAAAAAAAUAGAGGUACUAAAACAGUUAUGGCCUCAGGCCUACACUAUGAGGAAAUACAAAAGACACGCAACUCCUUUCUCAGCAAGCCAGCCUCCAGGGACCCCACAGCUUUGCUAAGCUCUCCAGUGCUUUACUUUUACAUUUGAAAUGGCAGCAGCAAGAUCGAAACUGCUGCUUGAUCUGCCCAUUACACAGCUGUCCAAAACAGGGGUCCCAUCACUUGAUUUUUACACGUUUUCUCUGUGUCUUCCAACUCUCCGGGUCUGGUCUCCCUUUUUAGGCCAGCAUUGCUAUCAAAGCCCCUGACUGAUGCCAUAAAGAUGUCCUCACACUUCACUACCUCCUUUCUCCCAAUUGCUCCCAGAGAGGAGCCGCCAAGCUGAGCCUCCUCCCCAUGUCCUGGUGUACUUGCCAAGCACUCUUACCCUGUCAGCUAACUAACUAAAUAUUUCUUCCUAGUCUGAGAAAAUAAUGUCAGUUACUAUUUAAUGGUGGUGUAAAUAGGAAAGUGAAGCACUUUGAAGUUUAAUUUAUUGCACAGCUACUGUGAUGUAUACAUAACAGUUUUUCCUCUACCACUUAUUGUAUAUAUUCUAUAGGCUAAGCAAACAGCAGGAAGAUUUGGUUGAUGCAUCUCUGUUCCCUUGCUGAGGCUAGGGGAGGGAGGUAAGAAGCUGCCAGCUGCAGGACUUGGGGAAGCUCACUGCACCAUCACAGCAAUCUUCCCCUGUGCUGCGAUAAGAUCAUCUACUUUGUUGUUUGAAGUGUCCUUUAGCCAGACAAGAAGCCAGCAGAGCUGUUACUGGCCAUUAGACCCAUCUUGUAGCCAAUAUUUGUAAACCAAUAGCCAAUGCAAUAAAUCAGUAGCCAAGUGCUUGCAAAA